AUGUUUUUGAGCAGUCACAGCAGAAGUCUCAUGGUCAGGGCCUGUAGAUUCGGCAUCAGCAAAUUAAGACUGGUGCGUGCUUAUUCUACACCCAAAAGGCAGCCCAAAAAGGACGAAUUGCCCAGCUUCACAAAAAUAGCCGUAGUCGGAGUGCUAGGCACUAUUGUUUUCGUGGAAGCCGUAAAAUCGCUAGACAAGAAUAAACCCAAAAACUCGUACUCAGAGUCGGAGUUUGAGUCAGCGAUGCAAGGCGUGAGGCGUCGAAAAGUGAUGUUUCAGCCAGGCCAAGUGUACGUACAGCUAGCCACGGCAGGCGUCCCACUCGACGUUCUAAAGACUUCGAAUCCAGAACUCAAAGUCGUGAAUUCCAGUGAUGCGGUAGAACACUACCGUCAAACGAAAGACGACAAAUAUUAUGCUUUGUUGAACGAGCUCCAGGAGGCACAUGGCGAUAAGUAUCAAGAGCACUUGCCACAGGGCCUGAAGGUAAUGUUGGUAGGCCGCUAUCUACAGGAACAAUGUCAUGAUGGCGAUCAGGUCGUGGUAGCAGGGUUCCCGCUCAGUGUCAAGGACGCCAUCAAAUUUGAGAACGAAGUGUGCGUGGUUGAGAAAGUGCUGUUCUCCAAAUCGGACGUAGAAUCCGACUUGGCACGCUACUUCCAGACAGUUAACAAGGUUGAGGUCCUGUAG